UGAAUCGGCGGCGGUUGGAGAGCGCACGUCACGUUCAAACGGCGGCGGGAACGGCUGCAGCGCGCGGGCCUUGGUCGCAGUCGGUCGGUCGGUCGCUGCCUCUCUCGUCUCCUCUUCCAGUUAACAGACUGAACUGUGAACGCUAUUAUGGAUGAUUAUGUGAAGAUAGAGAAAAUCGGUGAAGGUACCUAUGGGGUUGUUUAUAAAGGCCGUCAUAAAGUUACCCAGCAAAUAGUGGCCAUGAAGAAAAUCAGAUUGGAGAGUGAAGAAGAAGGGGUACCCAGCACUGCAAUCAGAGAAAUUUCUCUUUUGAAAGAACUACAGCAUCCUAAUGUAGUGUGCCUUCAUGAUAUACUGAUGCAAGAUGCAAGGUUAUACCUUAUAUUUGAAUUCCUUUCAAUGGAUCUGAAGAAAUAUUUGGAUUCCUUGCCUUCUCGUCAGAUGAUGGACCCAAUGCUAGUGAAGAGUUAUCUAUAUCAGAUCACACAAGGGAUUGCCUUCUGUCAUUCAAGGCGGGUUUUACACAGAGAUUUGAAGCCUCAGAAUCUACUGAUUGAUAGUAAAGGAGUUAUUAAGUUGGCUGACUUUGGUCUGGCUCGUGCCUUUGGAGUCCCUGUCAGGAUUUAUACACAUGAAGUCGUGACAUUGUGGUACAGGGCUCCUGAAGUACUGCUGGGUUCUCCUCGUUACUCAACUCCCGUUGAUAUGUGGAGUAUCGGUACAAUAUUUGCUGAAAUGGCUACCAAGCGACCACUCUUUCAUGGAGACUCUGAGAUUGAUCAACUUUUCAGGAUUUUCAGGACACUGGGCACCCCAAACAAUGACACUUGGCCAGGUGUUGAAACUUUAUCAGAUUACAAGAAUACCUUCCCAAAGUGGAAAGCAGGAAGUUUAUCCCAAGUGAAGAAUAUAGAUCAGAAUGGCCUUGACCUGUUAGCGAAAAUGUUGAUUUAUGACCCUACCAAAAGAAUCUCUGCACGGGAAGCUUUGCGCAACCUAUAUUUUGAUGAUUUGGAUAAGUCCAGUCUCCCUGCCAAUAUUGUAAAGAAUUAAAUCCAGAUGAAAGAUGAUGGUCUCUGUUUGACAGCAAAGCCAUUGGCAAUCAGUAAAUGAGACUUUAUAUUUGGCUCCUUAAAAUCUGGUUACAACUAUACCUGUAUUGAAGUUCUGUAGAUUUGUCUGUCUUGUCCAUGUCUUUUUUCUUCCUGCUAUCGGUAGAUGCACAAUUGUUUUUGUACUUGUACUUGUAUAACUUGUAAAUAUAAAUAAAAGCAGAAUUUAGACCUUUUCUGGAAUGUAAAA